AUGGCGGCGAUGGCGGUGGCGCUGCGGGGAUUAGGAGGGCGCUUCCGGUGGCGGACGCAGGCCGUGGCGGGCGGGGUGCGGGGCGCAGCGCGGGGCGCAGCAGCAGGUCAGCGGGACUAUGAUCUCCUGGUGGUCGGCGGGGGAUCUGGUGGCCUGGCUUGUGCCAAGGAGGCCGCUCAGCUGGGAAGGAAGGUGGCCGUGGUGGACUACGUGGAACCUUCUCCCCAAGGCACCCGGUGGGGCCUCGGCGGCACCUGCGUCAACGUGGGCUGCAUCCCCAAGAAGCUGAUGCACCAGGCGGCACUGCUGGGAGGCCUGAUCCAAGAUGCCCCCAACUAUGGCUGGGAGGUGGCCCAGCCCGUGCCGCAUGACUGGAGGAAGAUGGCAGAAGCUGUUCAAAAUCACGUGAAAUCCUUGAACUGGGGCCACCGUGUCCAGCUUCAGGACAGAAAAGUCAAGUACUUUAACAUCAAAGCCAGCUUUGUUGACGAGCACACGGUUUGCGGCGUUGCCAAAGGUGGGAAAGAGAUUCUGCUGUCAGCCGAUCACAUCAUCAUUGCUACUGGAGGGCGGCCAAGAUACCCCACGCACAUCGAAGGUGCCUUGGAAUAUGGAAUCACAAGUGAUGACAUCUUCUGGCUGAAGGAAUCCCCUGGAAAAACGUUGGUGGUCGGGGCCAGCUAUGUGGCCCUGGAGUGUGCUGGCUUCCUCACCGGGAUUGGGCUGGACACCACCAUCAUGAUGCGCAGCAUCCCCCUCCGCGGCUUCGACCAGCAAAUGUCCUCCAUGGUCAUAGAGCACAUGGCAUCUCAUGGCACCCGGUUCCUGAGGGGCUGUGCCCCCUCGCGGGUCAGGAGGCUCCCUGAUGGCCAGCUGCAGGUCACCUGGGAGGACCGCACCACCGGCAAGGAGGACACGGGCACCUUUGACACCGUCCUGUGGGCCAUAGGUCGAGUCCCAGACACCAGGAGUCUGAAUUUGGAGAAGGCUGGGGUAGAUACUAGCCCCGACACUCAGAAGAUCCUGGUGGACUCCCGGGAAGCCACCUCUGUGCCCCACAUCUACGCCGUUGGUGACGUGGUGGAGGGGCGGCCUGAGCUGACACCCACAGCGAUCAUGGCCGGGAGGCUCCUGGUGCAGCGGCUCUUCGGCGGGUCCUCAGAUCUGAUGGACUACGACAAUGUUCCCACGACCGUCUUCACCCCGCUGGAGUAUGGCUGUGUGGGGCUGUCCGAGGAGGAGGCAGUGGCUCACCACGGGCAGGAGCAUGUUGAGGUCUAUCACGCCCAUUAUAAACCACUGGAGUUCACGGUGGCUGGACGAGAUGCAUCCCAGUGUUAUGUAAAGAUGGUGUGCCUGAGGGAGCCCCCACAGCUGGUGCUGGGCCUGCAUUUCCUUGGCCCCAACGCAGGCGAAGUUACUCAAGGAUUUGCUCUGGGGAUCAAGUGUGGGGCCUCCUAUGCGCAGGUGAUGCGGACCGUGGGUAUCCAUCCCACAUGCUCUGAGGAGGUAGUCAAGCUGCGCAUCUCCAAGCGCUCAGGCCUGGACCCCACGGUGACAGGCUGCUGAGGGUAAGCGCCAUCCCUGCAGGCCAGGGCACACGGUGCGCCCGCCGCCAGCUCCUCGGAGGCCAGACCCAGGAUGGCUGCAGGCCAGGUUUGGGGGGCCUCAACCCUCUCCUGGAGCGCCUGUGAGAUGGUCAGCGUGGAGCGCAAGUGCUGGACAGGUGGCCCGUGUGCCCCACAGGGAUGGCUCAGGGGACUGUCCACCUCACCCCUGCACCUCUCAGCCUCUGCCGCCGGACACCCCCCCAGGCUCCUGGUGCCAGAUGAUGACGACCUGGGUGGAAACCUACCCUGUGGGCACCCAUGUCCGAGCCCCCUGGCAUUUCUGCAUUGCAAAUAAAGAGGGUACUUUUUCUGAA